UCGCUUUCACUUUUUACUCGUAAAAGAAGUGCUACCCACAAUUCCUAUCGCGUUAGACCGGUGUGUACACAAUGAUUGUAUGCAUACACAUUUCAUAGACACGUAACAUAAGACAGAAUGGACUUUGUUGAUACACAUUUUCACAACUGGGCCUUGGACAAGUUUCCGUACCCCUGGCCCACGGCGGACAUGUCGAUCUACAAGGACUACUACCCGUGCGGCCUGGAGAACGCCGUGGCCGACACGCCCGUGCAGCACGCGAUAUUCGUGCAAUGCCUGAACUGCAGCGCCGAGGAGGCCGAAUGGGUCAUGGACAUGGCGACAAGGCACCCGAUCAUUAAGGGCGUCGUAGCAGGAUUAGAUCUCACCAGCACAGCGCUCGCAGAGACCAUAAACAGAUUGAAGCCUACGGGGUUCCUGAAGGGAGCACGUCACAUCCUGGAUAUGGAGGCAGAUGAUUGGAUAACUCGUGAUGACGUCAGCAGGGGUCUUGAAAUCCUGGCCAAUCAUAACCUUACGUUUGAUUUAUUGGUUCGACCAAGGCAUUUACAGUUUAUUCCACAGGUUGUGUCGAAGCAUCCUAGACUGCGGUUCAUAAUUGACCACAUUGCUAAGCCUAAUUUCCACGAUGGCAAAAUGGGCGGCUGGAAAGAUGAAAUGACGGAAAUCGCACAAUUCCCGAAUGUGUUCUGCAAAAUAUCUGGUCUAAUAUCGGAGCAGAGAACUGACACGUGGAGAACCAUUGACUACAAACCGUUUAUUGAGCAUGUGCUCUCCGUGUUCGGGUCAGAGCGGUGCGUGUUCGGGUCGGACUGGCCGGUGUUCGAGCUUGUUGGCGCUACCUACCGGGAAAGUCUGGAUCACAUCCGGGCACUGCUCGCGCACCUGCCGGCCGGGGAGCAGGCCAAGAUAUUCAGGGACAACGCCGUGAUGUUUUAUAACCUGAAUAUUUAACACUCUUUAAAAUCGAAAAGUGUUGUCACUGAUUAACCUGUGCUGACUGAACAGUCUAAUAUGGGACAACACUUUAUGCACAUGCAUUGCGGUAAGGCUGAAACAUACUUAGCUCUUUACCACUCAGAUACAAACUGUGACGCGUGUGCAGUCAACUAGAAAAUCAUAUUAAAUUUCAGACCUUUCUUACUAGAUUCAAGUUUUAAAGGCUUCAUUUCCAAUCAUAAGAUACAGAUGAGCAGCAGACAGAAUACAGCUUGAACAAACUGCGAAUUUCUCGCAGGCUUUUGUGUUUGUAUGCUGUUUGCAUGUAGCUAUGUUCAUUCGCUUCUGAGCUUGAAAGGGCUUAUGUUCACUCCUUGAAUCAGUAGGGAGACCCAAAUAUGAUUGAACGGUUACCGGUAUUCCAAUUUAAUAAAUAGCGUUGCUUGAUCAACCGAUCUUACAGCUGUCCAUGCGUCUGAAUACGCCACUGGCGGGCCGCCUUGGGAAUAACAUGUGUAGACGCCUGAAUAUAUCCAGGAGAAGAAUGCCCACACUUCCCAUUUCCGAGACGCUGAAGUAUGGAUCCGCAGAUGUUUUGUUUUGGCGAAGUUAUAUCGUGUUUCUGUUUAACUCGUUCAUAUAGAAUUUAGUGUUAUGGAUAACUCUUAUCACUGAGUGUUUCAGAAAAUAGUAUGUUUUAUUACAAAAUAAUAAUGAUAUAUUUUCUCCUUAGGCGAAAAAAGUGGAUGAAUAUUAUUGUGUCAUGUGGAUAAAAUAUAAAACAAACUUGAUGGUAUUUAAAAUAUUACUUGUUGACACUAUUUAAAUAUAUCAUCACAAAGAUUACGUUGUAAAAAAAUAAAAAAGUAAAAACUAAA